AUGAAUAUCCAGAACAACUCUUUUAUAUUUCUUUUAUAUAAAUCAGCACUACUGCCGCUCUGCUCAGGUCUCCUCGUUCAGCCUUUCUUUAUUAGUGCUCUUCCUCUCCCUCCUUUUCUUCCUCUCCUUUCCUUUAUUUUCUUCUUCCCUCUUUCUCCAUCAUGUCCCAAUCCACCGCUCCCGAUGCCACCACCACCCAAGUCUCCGGACAGCCCCCCGCCCAUCCCUCCCGCACCACCGAACUCGCCAGUCUUAAGGUAAGACUGCGCUCUGCCCUGCGCCAAUUUCCCGACUUCCCGUCUCCGGGCAUCCUCUUCGAAGACAUCCUCCCCAUCUUCGCCGAUCCCUCUCUGCACGAAGCUCUCCUGCGAUGCUUGGAAUUGCACAUCCUCGAAUCCGCCGGUGGCCAGAAGCCCGAUGUCAUCGUUGGUCUUGAGGCCAGAGGCUUCUUGAUGGGCCCUAGCUUGGCUCUGCGGUUGGGAGCUGGCUUUGUUCCUGUGCGGAAGCAGGGCAAGCUGCCGGGUCCUUGUGAGACCCAAGUGUACGAGAAGGAGUAUGGGCAGGACUUUUUCCAGAUGCAGGCGGAUUCGAUCAAGCCUGGUCAGAAGGUUAUUAUUGUUGAUGACAUUAUCGCUACUGGUGGAUCUGCGUGGGCUGGUGGUGAACUCGUCCAGAAGAUGGGCGGAGAGCUCCUUGGAUUCGUCUUCCUGCUCGAGCUUGAAUUCCUCAAGGGACGCGAGAAGCUCCCGGCUCCGGUUUACACCCUUCUGACUGGUCAGGAGGAGAAGUUUACGUCGUGAACUCCUUAAUACGAGACAUGAUCGCAUACGGCAUUCACCCGCAAUAGAAAACAAAAUCUAGUGAGGGUACGAGGCUGCGUCGAUGUGCAAUACUGCAUGCAUUUUGGCAAUAAUUUUAUGCAUUGAUACAACGUGCUUGGCCGCGUUUUAAUCCUGUGGUACAUUUUAUAGAGUUGAUUUUAAGCAAUGAAAUGUCUAUGCCUGUAAUGAGCAUUUCCUUCGCCAGAUAGAGCAAUGAGGGUUUCCUGAACAUCGAGCAUAGCCAUCUAGAAGAACUUCCUCAUAACCUCGUCCGCCCACUUCUUCGGAAAUCCCAACUCCUGCGCCUCGCGAAUCGCCCGAUCCAUCCGAAAAACAUACUCCUUCU